CUGAGUGCUGAGCUGAGUUCCGGGAGUUCCGCCCUCCUCUUUAUAACCGUGUCUGUUGUCUGUCUGUGGUUCUCCUGGUUCUCCUGGUUCUCCUGGUUCUCCUGGUUCCUAUAAGAGUCACCAGUCGACCCCGGAUCUGGUCUGAACUGCUGCUGCUGCUGAGAGUAUUUACUUUGGAUCAUGUCUAAGAAAGGAGGACAACGGGGGCCGGAGUUUGACGUGUUGGUGGAGGCAUCCAUCAUCCGCAUCCCGCCCCAUCACUACAUCCAUGUGUUGGACCAGAACACCAACAUCGCCCGGGUGGAGAUCGGACCGCUCACCUACAUCCGCCAGGACAAUGAGAGAGUUCUGUUCAUGCCGGUUCGGAUGAUCAUGGUGCCGCCGCGUCACUACUGCGUGGUCAUCAACCCCGUGGCCCGCGAUGAUGACAAGCAGGUCCUCUUUGACCAAUCGGGUCAGGCCAAACUUCGCCACGCCGACCUGGAGAUCCGUCUGACCCAGGACCCGUUCCCCCUCUACCCCGGAGAGGAGGUCCAGCAGGACGUGACGCCGCUGCAGAUCGUGUAUCCCGACACGGCGCUGCGUCUUCAGGCUCUGCUGGACUUUGAGGAGGAGGGAGGAAACAAGAGGGUGGCCGGAGACGAGUGGCUGUUUGAAGGACCAGGGACCUACAUCCCCAGGAAGGAGGUGGCUGUGUUGGAGACCAUCAAGGCCACGGUGAUCCGAGAGAACCAGGCCAUCAGACUGAGAGCUCGCAAGGAAGGCGUGGACCGAGGGGGGGUCCGCAGAGUCACCGGUGAGGAGUGGCUGGUCAGUAAGGUGGGAGCGUACCUCCCAGGUGCCCACGAAGAAGUCAUCGACAUCGUGAACGCGUUCAUCCUGACGGACAAGAAAGCGCUUCACGUUCGCGCCCUGCGGUCCUUUAAGGACGCCGGCGGGCGGGACCGCCGUACGGGGGAGGAGUGGCUGGUCACCAUGGCCGACAGGGAGGCUCACAUCCCCUCGGUGGCGGAGGAGGUGGUGGGCGUGGUCAGCGUGACCACUCUGAGCAGCAGACAGUACUGUGUGAUCCUGGACCCGGUCGGACCCGACGGGAAACCUCAGCUGGGACAGAAGAGGGUGGUGAAGGGUGAGCGCUCAUUUUUCCUGCAGCCGGGCGAGUGCCUAGAAAGCGGCAUCCAAGACGUGUACGUGCUGUCGGAGGAGGAGGGUCUGGUGCUGAGAGCUGUGGAGGCGUUCAAUGACACCGAGGAGCGUGAAGAGGAGGAGGAAGAAGAGGAGGAGGAGCUGAUGCAGGAGAGGGCCAAGCGCUCGCGGAGGAGCGGCGUCCUCCGUCGCCCUGGAGACCGCUGGAUGCUGCGGGGUCCCAUCGAGUACGUCCCCCCCGCCGCUGUGGAGGUGAUGGUCAAACGACAGGCCAUCCCAUUGGACGAGAACGAGGGCAUCUACGUCAGGGACAUCAAAACCGGAAAGGUACGAGCAGUGAUCGGUCACACCUACAUGCUGACCCAGGAUGAGGAGUUGUGGCAGAAGGAGCUUCCUCCCAACGUCGAGGCCCUGCUGGCUUCAAACAAGGACCCGCUGGCCGACCGCUCGGACCGGACCAAAACCAGUGAUAGUCUGCCGAGGGACAAGACCAGGGUCGUCUCCUACAGGGUUCCCCACAACGCCGCGGUCCAGGUCUACGACUACAGAGAGAAGAAGGCCAGGGUGGUGUUUGGACCAGAGAUGGUGAUGUUGGGACCUGACGAGCAGUUCACCGUGCUGUCGCUCUCCGGAGACAAACCAAAGAGGGCCAAUGUCAACAAGGCCAUCUGCCUCCUGCUGGGACCCGACUUCUUCACCGACAUCAUCACCAUCGAGACGGCCGACCACGCCCGCCUGCAGCUGCAGCUCUCCUACAACUGGCACUUCGAUGUGAAGCCUCCGGUGAGCUCUGCCGAUGCAGCGGCUCUGUUUUCAGUUCCUGACUUCGUCGGAGAUUCCUGCAAAGCCAUCGCCUCCCGAGUCCGAGGAGCCGUCGCCUCCGUCCAGUUCGACGACUUCCACAAGAACUCGAACCGGAUCAUCUGCUCCGCGGUGUUCGGAUUCGAUGAAAAGCUGGCCGUCCGUCCCAACCUGCGCUUCAACCAGAACAACCUGAUGAUCAGCAGCGUGGACAUCCAGUCCGUGGAGCCCGUCGACCAGAGGACACGAGACUCCCUGCAGAAGAGCGUCCAGCUGGCCAUCGAGAUCACCACCAACUCUCAGGAGGCCGCAGCACGUCACGAGGCGGAGCGCCUGGAGCAGGAGGCCCGGGGCAAGCUGGAGAGGCAGAGGAUCACCGACCAGGCCCAGGCUGAGAGAGCCAGGAAGGAGCUGCUGGAGCUGGAGGCACUCAGCGCGGCGGUGGAGAGCACCGGCGCUGCGAAGGCUGAAGCUCAGUCUCGGGCCGAGGCGGCUCGUAUUCAGGGAGAGGCGGCGGUCAACGAGGCCAAACUGAAGGCCGAGGCUCAGAGGAUUGACGCGGAGGCGGAGCUCCAGCGGCUGGCGAAGGCUCGUGAGCAGGAGCUGAGCUAUAAGAAGCAGAUGGACGAGCUGGAGGUGGAGAAGCAGAAGAACAUGGCUCACAUCGAGAGCGAGCGCUUCGGCCAGCUGGUGGAAAGUCUGGGCAGCGACACGCUCAAGGAGAUGGCCAGAGCCGGGCCGGAGCUGCAGGUGAAGUUGCUGCAGGCUCUGGGCCUGAAGUCCACCCUCAUCACCGACGGAUCGUCCCCCAUCAACCUGUUCACCACCGCCAACGGCCUGCUGGGGGCGCUGCCGGGGCAGGGCCAGUGAGCAGCAGUAGAAGAAGAAUGAAGGAGGGACAAGUUGUCCAAAAGUAAUCCUCAACACAUGUUCAUGUUUCUGACACUUUAUGACUUUAUAGCAAUAUAUAAUGUGUCUUUCUGAUUUAAAGAUGCACUUCAUGGGUUCGUUAGAGCGUCCCCCAAAACCUCCUUCAGUAGAUCCCCGUUAGGGGGGGAUCAUCUCCACCUCCAGUAGAUCCCCGUUAGGGGGGGAUCAUCUCCACCUCCAGUAGAUCCUCGUUAGGGAGGGUCACCUCCUCCUUCAGUAGAUCCCCGUUAGGGGGGAUCAUCUCCACCUCCAGUAGAUCCUUGUUAGGGGGGGAUCACCUCCAUCUCCAGUAGAUCCCUGUUAGGGGGGAUCACCUCCAUCUCCAGUAGAUCCCUGUUAGGGGGGGAUCACCUCCAUCUCCAGUAGAUCCCCGUUAGGGGGGAUCACCUCCACCUUCAAGGGGCACCGUUGGGCUCGGUAACUAAACCAGGCAGUGCAUCUUUACAGUCAACUCUUCAUGCCAGGCUUUGCACAAACUGUGUUAUGUAAGAGAUAAUGUAAGAGAUAAUGUAAGGGAUAAUGUAAGGGUUAAUGUAAGGGUUAAUGUAAGGGAUAAUGUAAGGGUUAAUGUAAGGGUUAAUGUAAGAGAUAAUGUAAGAGAUAAUGUAAGGGAUAAUGUAAGGGUUAAUGUAAGAGAUAAUGUAAGGGAUAAUGUAAGGGUUAAUGUAAGGGUUAAUGUAAGAGAUAAUGUAAGAGAUAAUGUAAGGGUUAAUGUUCAGCUAGCCAGGUCAUUGUAGUGAAAUAAACCUCUUCAGGGUGAUGCAGCGUCGCCCUGAAGGGGUUUAUUUCACUACAGUGACCUGGCUAGCUGAACACUAUCCUGAUUAUUACACGGCUACUUACUGAAGAAAUCUAUAACCUGACACAAGAACGGUCCUCCAGAGUCCCACAUCAGAGCUGUGUCCAUAGCAACGGUCCGUUAUACGUAGCCACGGCCCGUUGUACGUAACGCCUGUUUUCUAGCUGUAGCUCUCGUUCCUGCUGACCUCCGCUGGGUGAAGUGAUGAGUGAUUACAGGUGAAGCUCUCCAUCCAGACGAGGUCAGAGUUCUUCCGAAGGACUUUUACACUUUGAGCUCUUGAGAUGGUUAAGAUGAGGUUUACUUUUGGACAGAGAACCAGCAUGAAGACGUGUUGAAUGUCUCACUGAAAUCUAGAAAUAAGAAAUGUGCCUACAAACGAGUCGACAGUUUGUUUAGUCGUAUAAAAUUUAGUCGACAAAGAUUCCUGUUUCCUGCUUUGCACUAUGCGUCCUCUAGAAGGAGACGGCUGAUGUUAACAUCGUCCACUACGUCCUCUAGAAGUAGACGGCUGAUGUUGACAUCGUCCACUACGUCCUCUAGAAGGAGACGGCUGAUGUUAACAUCGUCCACUACGUCCUCUAGAAGUAGACGGCUGAUGUUAACAUCGUCCACUACGUCCUCUAGAAGGAGACGGCUGAUGUUAACAUCGUCCACUACGUCCUCUAGAAGUAGACGGCUGAUGUUGACAUCGUCCACUACGUCCUCUAGAAGGAGACGGCUGAUGUUAACAUCGUCCACUACGUCCUCUAGAAGUAGACGGCUGAUGUUAACAUCGUCCACUACGUCCUCUAGAAGUAGACGGUUGAUGUUAACAUCGUCCACUACGUCCUCUAGAAGGAGACGGCUGAUGUUAACAUCGUCCACUACGUCCUCUAGAAGGAGACGGCUGAUGUUAACAUCGUCCACUACGUCCUCUAGAAGUAGACGGUUGAUGUUAACAUCGUCCACUACGUCCUCUAGAAGGAGACGUUGAUGCUGAUGUUUACAUGGCCUAUAUACUGUAUUAAACUUCCUGUCCAGUGGUGAUACAUAAAGUGACUUCCUGUCUUUCUCUGCCCUGACGUGCUGCUGUUUCUACAUCAUUGACUGUGUGAAGCCAUUAAAACGAUGCUGCUGCCUUCCUCCUC